UGAUUCUUAGUUCUUUUAAAACUAUCAAAUGUUUGAUUUGGUAUUUUGACCUUGGACUUCCGGGUAGCAAACCAUCCUAACACCGGUUCAUAAGGUCGGGAGACGGGGGUCUAUUCUACAGAGUACUUAUACGUGGAUUAGUGACACUCCAACAUUAGCAUUGUAGAAUCUAUGUGUGGUGUAUACAUAAACGGAUAAGAUGUGUAAGUACUUGUACCCAUCUGUCGUCAACGUUUCAGGGAGAAAUGGGCAGCAAUCCGUAAUCUGGUGCAAUUAUACCGCGGGUAGUUGUUAGUACAUACUACAUACUUCGUACAAAUCCAGUUACGUCGUAUCCGCAUCCCUAUCCCUAUUGGUUCGCCCUGCAGUAUUGGUAUAUGCCUGGAAGAACAGCGGCACGGAGAAACUUUUCUUCAUAACAUUGUGGUUAUAUUUCACGAGACAGUAUAUCAAUAUCCAGACAAUACAAUGUAAAACGGGAGCAGAUUAGAUCAAUUCCCGCCGGCCGCUGCGUCAAUCCUGGCGCUGGCUAUUGAUCAAAUUAGUCUGUUUUUCCAGGUCCAUCGUAUCAGUUAGCGUGUACAACGUGGUUGCGGAGUCUUUGACGACGCUAUGACAAUACGGGAUUAGAGCAGAAGGGAAGGUGAUCACCUAAACGGAACCCGACCACCCGGUGCCCUAAGCAUAGCUGCAUACUUCCGGUGCGUGCCAGCCGUUGUAUGUGUGCCAUUUUCCGUAACUCUACUCUGGCCCUCUGGAUUUCUCUGGUAUUGUACACAACGAAUCCUGACCGCGCCUCGUAAGAACAGCGGUGGUCACGGCAGUCAGCUUCAAUGCAUUGCGACGAUGAUUUCUUUGGUAUGGGCGGUACGGAUAUGUACGGACGUUGUGCAAUGCCACAGUACUCAACGAUUGGCGGGAACACAUCAGCAACGUACUGGCCGACCGCGCCAUUGCCCGCUCCCAAAUCCCUGCAUUCCCGACACUUUUCGUGCAAAAUGUGCUAUCAGAUCUUCGAUACAAAAACGGAACACCAAAUCCAUUUACAAGUCCAUGCCAGGGAAGCCAAGCCGUAUCGGUGUUCGCAGUGUCCAAAGACUUUCGCCAACAAUUCCUACCUCUCCCAACAUAUGCGCAUUCAUUUGGGCAUUAAACCUCAUCGCUGCGAUAUAUGUCAGCGAAAGUUCACGCAACUAUCACACUUACAACAACAUGUUCGCACUCACACCGGCGAUAAGCCGUACAAAUGCCCGUACUUAGGCUGCAUUAAAGCCUUUUCCCAGCUCAGCAAUCUGCAGAGCCACAGCCGAGUCCAUCAGACCGACAAACCGUACCGUUGCAACAGCUGCUACCGCUGCUUCGCAGAUAAGCACAGUCUGCAGGCGCAUAUCCCGAAGCACAAGGAUUCCAAACACCUGAAGACGCAUAUUUGUCGCUUUUGUGGAAAAUCGUAUACACAGUCCAGUUACUUGGAGAAACAUAUGUCCAAGCAUGCGGAGGAAGCUAUGCAACGAUACGAAUACUACAAACACAGCACCUCCGGUGACGACUUCAGUUUGGCGAAGCUGGAGGCCAAAUUCGAACCAGACUUUUCGUUUCCGGUUUUCCCGACUUCCAGUCAACAAGAAAAUUGGCUACAAGGACCGUACUACGGCAAUUCCUGCAUGAUGUUUAAUGUCGAUGCCAAUUGUCGUAACGGUUUCGGCGCCUUUAACGAUCCCUAUGGGUUUAACGGGCUGGACUGCAACAACAUGCAAAGUCAUCUGCCAAACUAUGGCUACGGAAUGCCCGGCCAUGGUUACAACGUGAAAUAUUGAACGCGCAUCUGCUUUACUAUGGUUGUUGUGGUUAUCCCUUACAGACUAACAGUACAUCGGUGUCAUUUCUCCCGUCCUGAGCAUUCAGUUUUUUCCACUUCGAUUCAGUCUCGAAUAUCUUCACUGCCAUUUGAAUUUGUCUCCUGCUUUUCACAUGAUAUCAGCCGUUGACAAAUCUUUCCUGUCGGCUACAAAUUGCUGGAUACUGUUGAAAGUCAGUUGUUUAGUUGUCUUUACAGCCGCAUCCGCAUGUAACAUUUGUCCCGCUUAAUAUUACGCUAACUUGUAUGUCGUAUUGUAUAUUUAGCUGAUUUAACGCUUGCUUACUGGAUCGAGGUUAGUGUUUGUUGUGGAAAGCGAAGGUGUGAUGCUCCGAAUGGUGAUGGAUUGGCUCGACGCGCUAACAGGAUGGUUAGUGCAGUCGGCUGUCCGUGUUCCGCGUGUUGAUUAGCGAGUUGCUUCCAUUAAUUGUCUGUUGUGAUGCUUUGUACGUCCUGUUUGAGGCGAUCGAAAAGCCAGCAUGUGCGCAAUUUGUACCGUGAUUUUUGUAACGUUUGAUGGAUCGGAUCCGAGGGAACGGAAGGGAACGUGCGCUGCAUGAACCAAUGAUUAGAAGGGUGGCCUUAUGGUGGGAACGGCGUCUUUCCGUGGUUUGGAAGCCUUCCGGAAUGUACGGAAAAUGCCGGAUGGAAUGUAAGGCGUGGAAGGAUAUUUUGUACGCGGAUGUGUGGAAAUAGUUGAACGUGCAAUAAUCAAUAGCAGCUUUCAUGCAUAUAGUCUGAUUUUUUCUGCUGUUUUAGUUUGUCUGGCGGUCUGAGUCAUCCAGCCUAGCAAUAAAACAUAACCU